AUGGCAUCUGUUCGAACAGGCAGAGACUUGCCAGAGGACAAAUGGAAAGAAUGUGAUGUAGUGGGCUUGUUGGAUUUGCUUCUCCAGGUUGCUACGGUAAAGGAUCUUGUUUUGAUUAUUGCUGUGUGGAAUAUGAGCAUAAAAGAUGUGCAGAAAGCUGACUCUGCUGGCUGGGCUCUUCUGGCUUCUGCUUGGUCGCGUCUAGCCUGGGUAUGCAAGGUGUGGGCUGGAUAUUCCAUUUUCAGCAUCGACAUACCCAGAUAUCCAAAAACCCCAGGAGGCUGGGCGCCAAGAAAUAGGAAGACUGGCUUUAAAAGGUGCAAGUUCUUCAGCCUCACGGAAACCCCAGAGGACUACACCAUCAUUGUGGAUGAAGAGGGCUUCCUAGAGCUCCCUUCCUCGGAACACUUGAGCGUGGCUGAUGCGACAUGGCUUGCCCUCAACGUGGUGUCUGGUGGAGGUGGCUUCUCUGGCUCCCAGCCCAUCGGAGUGACAAAAAUUGCCAAGUCAGUAAUAGCACCCCUAGCUGACCAAAACAUCUCGGUGUUCAUGCUCUCCACCUAUCAGACGGACUUCAUCCUGGUACGUGAGCGAGACCUGCCCUUCGUGAUGCACACGCUGGCUGCUGAGUUCACCAUCCUCAGAGUAGUGAACGGGGAGACAGUGGCUGCCGAUGACCUUGGGAUAACAAAUGGAUUUGUCAAACCAAAACUUGUUCAGAGGCCUGUCAUUCAUCCCCUUUCCAGUCCGAGUAAUAUGUUCUGCGUCACCAGCCUGGAUCCAGAUACCCUUCCCACUGUUGCUACGCUCCUAAUGGAUGUCAUGUUUUACUCCAAUGGAGUAAAAGACUCGGUGGUGGGCAACGAAGACUCGGGACAUAUUCGCUUUUUCUCCUUUUCUCUCAUUGAGGGUUACAUCUCCUUGGUCAUGGAUGUCCAGACACAGCAGAGAUUUCCUAAUAAUUUGUUGUUUACAAGUGCAUCUGGCGAACUCUGGAAGAUGGUGCGGAUUGGUGGGCAGCCUCUUGGCUUCGAUGAAUGUGGAAUUGUCGCUCAGAUUUCUGAGCCUUUGGCCGCAGCCGACAUCCCAGCCUACUACAUCAGUACUUUUAAGUUUGAUCACGCAUUGGUACCUGAAGAAAAUAUAAACGGUGUGGUCAAUGCACUCCAAGUCAGUCAAGCUGAAAAGCAUUAGAAAUCUUCUGAGCUGGUUCCAGAUGCUUUUUAUUAUUAUAAUUAUUAUUAUUAUUAUUAUAAUUAUUAUUAUUAUUCUUUUUUUCUCACAGUAUUUCUUGAAAAAUCUUG